CGUGUCAGCUGCGUUUCUAUCCUAGGUGUGCCUUCGCGUGUGACGGUAUCAUAUCACCGUAAUUCUCCCUGUCCCCUGCUCCCCAGUCUACUGACUCUAUGGACAGAAUUCUCUCCUCCUUCCUCCGUCGUCCGUCCCUCAGCUAGAUUCACCGCCCAGGUAGAGAAGAGGGCAAAGGAAAGAGAAGGAAGAUGUUCUACUCUCACCAGCUUCUAGCUCGGAAAGCUCCCCUCGGCCAGAUUUGGAUGGCGGCAACUAUGCACGCCAAGAUGAACAGGAAGAAGCUCAACAUGAUCGACAUCAUCAGCAUCUGGUUCAAUUAGCCUCGCCGUUUUUGUCGUCCAUCCUCUCCAUCGUCCUGUAUACUGUACUGACCUCCGGUUGCUUGUUUCGUUUUAACAGUGAGGAGAUUCUGAAUCCUUCGGUUCCGAUGGCGCUUCGGCUCUCCGGAAUUCUAAUGGGUGGAGUGGUGAUUGUUUAUGAACGGAAAGUGAAGCUGCUCUACGAGGACGUCACCCGUUUGCUGGUACCCGAAUCGAACUCCGAAUCGGUAUUCUGCUUGCGUUUUUUUUUUCUGGGUUCCUUGCAUGAGCUGAAUAUUUCCUGUGAUUCCACCGGAAACGCUGUUAAGGUUAAAAUCAACGAGACAUGGAAAGUGGAACCAGCGACGGACCGUACCCUUCUUCCGAAACGGAAGUUACAGGCCAAGAAAGAAGCUGUGACUCUGCCGGAUGUUCAGGACGUGGACCACCCUGAAAUUGGGCAGUCUAGGAACUUCUCGAGUUCAAACGCAACAAUGCCUUCUUUCCAGAAUACUUCCUAUUUCGCAGUGCAACUAGAUACCUUGGACGAGACUUACAUUAACAAUGACGCCAUGGAAGACGAUGUUACUGGGCAUAUGCAUCAAGUUGAUCCAGAGAACAUAAAAUUAUUCGAACACUUUGACCCAUGUCAAGUUAACACAGAUAUGUAUGAUCGCUUUGAAAGAUUCGAUAUUAGUGGAGAAGGGGACACUCAGAUGAACGCGACUUUUUCAGGAGAUCUUCAAACAGAUAUGCCUUCAACUGUUCUACCCUCACAACCUCGUCAAGAUGAAGAUCUAGGAGGUUUGCUUGCUGACUCCCAAAUGCUUUCACAUAUGUUCUUCAUUUGCUUACAUUCUAUUUUCGGAAUGUCAGCAAAUGAACAAGGAAAUCCUUUCACAGACAAAGAAAUCCCUGACCAGCAACCUGAAAGCCUUGUCAACCAACCAUCUGAAACACACAAUGUAGGCAGAGAGCAAACGGGACACUCAAAAUAUUUCACUCCUGUAAAUGUCUCACUAUCAUUCCCACCCGAGCCACAAACUCCCAGAGCUCGCAGACAGGUGCAAGGACCAAUUAUAAGGAAAAGGAGGAGACAAGCAGCUAAUUGGAUGGACAUAGAAAAAACAGUAAUACCUGGUGAGGUAUACCAGUCAUGGCUUCAAAAUGCUUCUGACCUCACCUCGAGGAGAGAUAGAAAGGGAAAGGACGUGAAAAAGAGUAUUAUGUCGAGGAUGAAGGUGGCCAGUCUGAUGGAGUUGCCACCUACGGUACUCAUUGAUGAUUUAUCAAUCAAUGCAAACAAAGAUAUCUACUAUCCUGCUCCUCUACUCGCGCAGUGGACGAAAAGCACUCAGCCUCCACAUGACUCUCCAUCUGCAAGGGCAACCUCACCUCAGCCUCCUGAAGCUUCAAAUUCAUCCCCACAAGAUGCAGCAGCUCAAUUUGAAGAUCCAUAUAACUUCAAUGAUUAUCAAGGUGGGGGUGGGUCUCAGUCAAUUGGUAUCUCCUUUGAGAAGGACAGGGGUGUCUUGAAUGAGCAAUUGGAAGCCCACCUGUUUGAUAACGCGUUUGAAGCCAACCUUGUGGACAACAUCAGAAUGAGAGGGAACAAAGAACCACCAGUUAUCACAACUCCUGGAAAUCCUGGUUCUGGACAUGGUAUUCCACGACAUUGCUCCGGGAUCAACUCAGGAAACAUACAUAGUGGUAGUAGCCUUCAGUCAAUUCCUGAGGACACAUUAUGGCUUCCUGAUCCAGAAGUGCAAUUGAAAACUGGACCUGCACAGUCUCAACGACCCAUCACUUCCUCCCAGAGACUCAAGGCCAUGAAUGAAGGCAUCCGAAUGUACCUGAAGAACCCUUUCAAAGGGCCAGAAGCUGAGUCCCUCAACAGUCUACGCAUUGGAAUCAACCUCGAACAAGCAGCUCCCUCGUUCUAUGAAACCCGUGGUCUGAAUUUUGAGUUUGAAGCCUACCUUGCUGACAACGAAAGUAUAAGAGGGAACAAAGAACCACCUGUUGUCACAUCUCCUGGAAAUCGUGGGAAGCCAGCAAGAUUCAUACCAAGUUCAGGUUCUGGACAUAGUAUUCCACGACAUCGCUCCGAGAUCAACUCAGGACACAAACAUAGUGGUAGUAGCCUUCAGUCAAUUCCUGAGAACAAAUCAUGGCGUCCAGAUCCAGAUAUCACGACAGUGCACGAGAAGGACUCGGCUCCUGAUCAAGAAGUGCUGUUGGAAACUGGACCUACACAGACUCAACCACUCAUCAACACCUCUGAGCCACUCGACGCCAUGACUGAAGACAUCCGAAAGCACCUGAAGACCCAUUUCGAAUGGCCAAAAGCUCCCAAACACGAGUCCCUCAACAAUCUAGCCACCGGAAUGGACCGCAAACGAGCAGCACUCUUCUUCUAUCAAACCUGUGUUCUUGCAACACGAGGCGACAUUGCAGUAGACCAGAAGGUGCCCUACGGCGAGAUUCUCAUCUCUAAUCGAUCAAAGAAGUGAUAAGAUCAUCAUCAACAUCAGCACAUUAAAAGAUUACCAUUAUUUGUGGAGAGAACGUGGACAGGUAAAUGGGAUAGGACGCACACUCACUCACCAAACUAAAGAUUUUGACGGAACACCAGCAGUCACUAGAUAGUUCCAAAAGUUAAUUGCUCAAUUAACUGGCUAUAGCUACUGCCUAGCUACCCUUGUUUUGUGGAUAUAAUGAUUAGUGAUUACUACUACGUGGCUGCGGAUUUUAGAUAGAUUAUUUAUCUUUUUUUCAGAACAAAAUUCUCCCCAGUAUCUUUAUAUC